AUGUGGAUCUCAUCUGCCAGCAACAAUAAGACUACACAAUUCCCGCAUUCUGGAAUCACAAUGAUCACAGAAGAAUCGUCAAAGAUGUUGGAAAAUAUUGAUAGCGAGUAUGAUAAAUUGGUCUUACCUGAUACACCAAGGGCUGAAGAAGCCGAGAUGUUGCACCCUCAAGCAAAAUCAAAAGUUAAAUCUUUGUGUUGGUGGAUGAAAACAUUUUUAUGGUGCUGUCUCGCUGUUAUACUUGCUACUGUUCUUGUGAAAUGGGGAGUACCAUUUGCUUUUGGAAAGGUUCUUUACCCAAUCAUGGAGUGGGAAGCUACUUCCUUUGGCCAUCCUGUUCUUGCCCUUAUACUUGUUGCUUCUCUGGCUUUGCUGCCAGUAUUCUUGCUUCCUUCGGGCCCCUCUAUGUGGCUGGCAGGGAUGAUUUUUGGUUAUGGCCUUGGCUUUGCUAUAAUAAUGGGUGGAACAACCAUUGGGAUGGUCCUGCCUUACCAAAUUGGACUACAGUUCCGUGACCGCAUUCAUCAAUGGUUAAAAAGAUGGCCUCGUAAUGCAGCAAUGAUUAGGCUUGCUGGGGAGGGAAACUGGCUCUAUCAAUUUCAAGUGGUUGCUUUGUUUAGGCUCUCACCUUUUCCCUAUACUAUAUUCAAUUAUGCUGUUGUGGUGACUAAUGUGAAGUUUUGGCCCUACUUAUGCGGAUCAGUUGCUGGAAUGGUGCCAGAAGCUUUCCUCUACAUAUACAGUGGUCGAUUAAUGAAGACAUUGGCAGAAGUAGGGUUAGGGAAGCGUCACCUAAACACUGUGGAAAUUAUAUACAGCCUUAUUUCUUUCAUCAUUUCAAUUGUUGCGAUUGUUGCCUUCACCGUUUAUGCAAAGAGGACCUUACGUGAACUCAAAAUGAUAGAGUUGAAUGAUGAAGUUUCCUUGAAUGGUGAAGUUCCCUUAGUAUCUGAGGGAGGCUAA